UAAAAACCAUUAAUAACAAAUGAGCAAGUCACUGAUAAGGAUAUAGAUUUUUGUAAUAAAAAAAUAUUAACAAAUUCAGUUGCAAUGUUUAAAGUCAAAUAGCACUAAAAACACGUUAAUAACUAACAUGUGUUUAAUGACUAAUGCAACCAGAAACUUUAAUAAUGAUAGCAACUAAUGGUUGUUAAGUAUCUUACUGGAUAUUAUUAAUAUCCUAUUUUUUCAAACAUUGUUAAUGCUUAUACACACUCAUUAAUAAUGACACCAACUACGCUACUAACUUGGACUUAAAGGUUAAUAACCAUAGUUAUAUCACUAAACGCAAAUUCACUUUUGCAAAUGUCAUAAACAAACGAAUAUCUAACAAGUAUGCUUCUUGAUAAUGACAUUUGACAAAGUUACAAACAUAAACGAAAAAUAUUAAUAAUACAAAUCACUAAACAUAACCAAUGAUACAAAUGAAAUAAAUUGUUGCUAAUUGUUGUAUUGUGCUAAAAAAACUUUGAUAAUAGCACUUCAAGUGAUUAUAAAACAUUGCACACUAAAUUGAUAAUACAAUGUAAUAGUGAAUGAACUUCAAGUACCAACAAAUUGAAAACACAAUUUGGAUUUUGAUAAUGUUACAAACAAAACAAAACAUUAAAAAAAAGUUAAUAAUGCCAUAUAACAUUAUUAAAAAGCCUAUCGAACAACAUUAAUAAUAACACAAACGAAUACCUAAUAAUGAAAAAUCCUAAACCCAGACAACGAAAAGCCCUAAUGAUGAUUCAAUUUAUAAAUGUUGAUAAUGCCAUCACAAAACGUUGAUACUAAAUUGCAAGUUGCCAAGAUGUGAGAGAGGCUAUAUAUUUUAAAUUUUAACUUUCCAUUUUAAAAAAGGAAAAUGAUUAAAUUCGGAUUUUAUUAACAAUUAAAUAUUAAUAUUAAAUAAAAUUAAUUUCGUAUUUCUUUUUAAUUAUAACGUAGAGAGAGUUAUGGAGAAAAUCAUGGGAGGAAAGAGAAAGAGAAUCAUUAAUUAAUAAUAUUAAUUAUAUUUGUAUAACCCUAUUUAUUCUUAACUACCUAUUAAGUAUUAACUACUAACCUCAUUAACUACCUAAUCCACUAUUAGCCAAUAGGAAGGCUUUAAGAUUCUACUUAAAGAAUGAGGUUUAAAGACUUGAACUCAAGCCCCAAACUAGUAGUCUUCAACACCAACGCAUUAAUACUUACCCCAUUGGCUUCACUCGCUGGAGAGACAUGGCCACACAACUACUACUAACCUUCUUUUCCCUAGUCAUCUUCCUAUGGCACUCGCUUCUCAGAAAUUAAGAAGCACUCACCCGUCUGCCAUUGGUCAUUCUUGGGAAUGCUCCCUGACCUCCUCUUGAGCUUAUCCAGCUAAAUAUUGAUGAAAAAUAACGUUUUAGUUUUUAAGAAAUUUUCUCUUAUAUUUUGAUACCUAAACUUUUAAAAAUUUACAAGUAGGACCAAUAUUGUGGUAUGUUUUAGGAAACUUAGUGGUAUGCUUCCCCUUCCCACUUGUUUUAUGCUUUGACAAACUUGUGGUAUGUUUAGAUGAACUUGUGGCAUGUUUUGUCUUUCCCUUCCCCUUCCUCUUUAUAUUUUACGCUGCUUUCAUGUAGGUAAUUCAUAUACAAAUUACAGUUUGAUAUACGAACUUAAUAGAUCUUAAUAUUUAGUGUCUAAAAUUAUUUCUUUUACAGUUAGGUCCUUAAAAUAUCGGUGUAAAAUUACAUAUUAGUAGCUAAAUUUUUUUAUCUUACAUUUUGAUGCCAAUAAUUAUUUUAAGUAUUCACAAAUAGGUCCAUGUUGGUCCCCUUCACCAAAAUUUUAUAAUACCAAGUGUGUCCCUCCACUUCAUCCCUCAUUAAUUGUGGUCAAUUCAUUCAAAUUAGAAAGUUAUUCGGACGAAAUGUUCAUAUUAAUUGGAGCUAUUGUUAAGUAGCACACUCGUCAUUCCCUUGAGAACUAUAUAUAUAAUAUGCUUUCCCAGGAAGGGAGUAUAUAAAUUGGUUGCAAUAGUUUACUCGUUCGUUCCAUUUGCACUCAUACAUGACAUUUUAUUUAUUGAAAUGACACAAGUAACAACCAUAUAGCUCACACCAGUACCCAUCCUAUUUAAUUAUCAAAGACAGAAUAUAUUCGCUAUUUAAUUAUCAACGACACAAGUAAAAAUGGCUACUCAAUUUCAUGCGUCACAGCUAAUUAACAACUUUACUUAAAUGAGCAUUUCAGAGUAAUGUUCAUUGCAACGACCCAAAAGUGGAAAGAGCAGCCGAAUUAGUAUCGUUAUGUGAAAGCUAUAGAUUAUCCACCAACUUAAUUAGUUACGUUGAUAGCUAUAAUAACUUGGUGUACGUACGUAUUUUUGAAUACAACCAAGUCCAAGAGAUUGGAAAGGAAGCCAAAAAUUAAAAAAGAAGCUAAGGUUCCUUAAUUCAUUGCAUUUGCAUAGAGACAUUAAUUAAUCAUGUCAACUGCAGAGCUCCUGCAACUUUGUGUAAUACUAAUACUACUCUCAUCAGCCUUCCUUUGCAUCAUCGGCUUAAUGCGGACCCUUUUUGGGGACAUUCCAAUCGCGCUUUGGCAGGCAUCCAGUCUCCACGACUUCACCACUCGACUCCUGAAGUUGAACAACGGGACUUUGUUGCUCAGCGGCCCCAUGUUCCUCAACGGGGACAGAUCAUCACCAGCGACCCCAUGAACGCCCACCACAUCCUCAGCACAAACUUCACCAACUACGAGAAAGGCCGCGAUUUCAAGGCAAUCAUGGACGCCUAUGGUGACGGCAUCAUCAACUCCGACGGCGAGUCGUGGAAGCUCAAGAGGCAGCUCGUCCACUCCCUGAUCAACACCAAGGAGUUCGAAGAUCACGUCAUGAAAGUCAUGGCGGUCAAGUUGGAGCACACCUUGUUCCGCGUCCUCGAUGAUUGUGCGUCAUCAUCCGAGGUUGUUGACAUCCAGGAUGUGCUCAAAAGGUUCAUGUUCGACAACAUCUGCCUGUUGGUAUUGGGGUUCGAUCCUGGCUACCUGCGGCCUGCUGGACUACUACUUUCCACUACUACUCCUACAUUGUUGUGUGGCAAAGCAUUUGAUGAUCUGAAGGAGGCUGUCGUGUACCGCCACAUUGUCCCCAAAUUCCUGUGGAGAAUCCAAAAGAGGCUUGAUGUUGGAGUGGAGAAGAAGGCAAGCAGAAGUCGCCAGAUCCUCGAUGACUUCAUAUAUGCAAGGAUAGAGACGAGGAAGCAAGAGUUGGUGAAACUAGGAGGAAUUAACGACGACAACAAUGCCAACGAUGUGUUGACACGACUUUUGGUAACGGGACAAGACAAGUCAGACAAGUUUGUGAGGGACACUGUGUUCAGCUUGAUAGGAGCUGGGAGAGACUUAAUCUCCUCUGCCCUAACUUGGUUUCUUUGGCUGGUCGUGACCCACCCGACUGUCGAGGGAAGAAUUUUACACGAGAUCAAGCUAGUCAUGGACGUGCGGCGGGAUGAUGAUGAUCAAGAUAGAUUGUUUUUUACCAAGGAUGAGUUGAACAAACUGGUGUAUCUUCAUGCCGCGAUUUGGGAGACCUUAAGGUUGUACCCACCCGCGCCAUUCGAGCAUAAAUGCGCUGUGGAAGCAGAUGUGCUACCUAGUGGCCAUGGUGUGCCUAAGGGCACGAAGAUAUUGUUCUCCAUAUACUCGAUGGGUAGGAUGGAAGAGAUAUGGGGUGAAGAUUGUACGGAGUUCAAGCCGGAGAGGUGGAUUUCGGAAAAAGGGAACAUAAUCCAUGUUCCGUCGUACAAACUUAUGGCCUUUUUAGCAGGGCCAAGGACUUGUACUGGGAAGGCUAUUGCUUUCUUGCAGCUCAAGUCCAUGGCCAGUGCCAUUCUCUGGAACUACAAGUUCGAUAUGGUGGAGGGUCAUGUCGUGAAGCCGACACCUGCUAUGAUAUUGCUAAUGAAAGAUGGGUUGAAGAUGAGGGUUUCCAAAAGGAGUUUGGUUUAAUUUGAGUGUGUCUUCUUGUUGUAGUUGAUUUACUUGUUUGAUGUUGGGGUUUCUGUUUAGGAUGGGAUCUUGAUAAAGACUUUAUGUAGGAGAGUUUGCAUCUGCAAUAAUUAUGAAGCAGCAUUAUAAUAUGGAUUCAAUAGAAUAAUGGAGUUCUUUCUUUCUACCUUUUCAUGAUCAUCUGCAAUAUUUAUCAAUCUCUCACGUUAAAAAUAAACCCAAAACUAUUUGCGACAAACAUAAAAGAUACUAUAAUUUACGUGGUUUCCACUUAAUUUCCACUAAAGAGAUAGCACUCUCCAAGUAUAUCUUUCUUUACUAGACCAGGUUAGUUGAUCAUUGAGCCCAACGAAAUUCAAGCCCCAUACGGAUUCCUAAAUAGUAAAUACACUAGUUACUAAAAGGUACCCACACUAUCAUACUGACGCUAAAAUUUGUCAGAUUAUUAGAGUUUGGUGUGGGUGAUUGCAAUUUCCAGCGAUCUUUGUGGCGAUUCAGUGAAAAUUGGAAUGAUCCAACUUGGAUCACGGCCAACCAAAGCGAACCAACUUAUAGAGUUUAAGUACUAGAGUCUGUAGCGAUCUCGCUAGAUCGCUGCAGACUCAUGCAAUCUAACCCAAAAAUCACUGGACACUCCAGCGAUUUACACCUAAUACGCGCUGAAAUAAUAUGAUUUGAAUUGAACUUUUAAUUUUGGUGAAAGAAUCAGAAUAUAUUCAUUAAUCAUUACAUGAUCUUUGGGGGGAAAUUAAAGAGAUGGCUAGUCUGAAUGAUAUAUUUCCCAAAUUGAUGAUUACGUUCCCAAAUUCUCCAAUUUGGGCUCAAAUGUGCAUUUCUCUAUUUCUUUUACGUUAGUGGAGCAAAAAGGAAACUAGUUGCCAGAUUGGUAGGAUGUGAAAGCACUAGAUCAGCCACCAUAUUGAUAGCUACGCCUUGGAGGAAUUUAAUGGUGCUGGUAGGAUUUUAAGACUGAACAUUAAUUAGAUCACCAACUAUCACAUAUAAGUUUUAAUCCGUUCAAAAUUCAGUUUACCGCGCAAUAAAUUCGUACAUGUCGA